AUGCCUCCUAACGCCGCUCAACCUUGUUAUCAGCUUCGCUACCACACCGAACAAAACGAGGUUUUCCACUGGAUCGUCAAGACUGCCACCAACCUUCUCGAAGAUAAUCCUUCCUCUGCUGUCAAAGCGAUACUAGAGAAGCGAACACCAAAGCCUACAUGCUUUGAAGUCCAGACGCUGGCAGCGUUCAUCGGGCAGCACCUAAAACCGGUCCCAGACAAAAUUCUAAUGCUCUUCGAAAGGGUGAUCAAUGACAGAACAAAGACAUGCCAGGAUUACCAGCACACAACUGCCAAAAGCACAGAUCCAAUCGUUCAAUACCACAAUGAUAUGCAUCGACGGUGGGUGGUUGGCCUAACAAUUGCUUUCAAUUCGUUUGGAGGCAGAGCGUGGCGCGCCAGGGCAAUUUCAUCUAUCACGAAGAAAGAUCGUCAGCAACUUGUUUUCAGCAAUAGGUUUUCGGUAUUGUCCAUCGAUGACACUGUUGAAGCACAGGAGGGAAAUGCAAAGAGUGUUGUCAACGAAGGUGAGGAUCCUGGAAAUGAUCUGUUUGAUCCUUUUGCCGAACCCACGGAUCAUGAUCAUCUUUUCUUCGACCCUGCUGCCGGGCAGCACUGGACAUGGAAGCCAGCAAGGAAGAAAAAGAAAAAUUCGACGCAGAAAAAGAUCGAAAUUGACUGUCAGCACCAUCCCACCUAA